AUGGCCACACCGGACGCAAUUACGGCGCCCAAGACGGCGCUCUCCGAGACCGACGUCCCGGAAGAGCAGCGCCUUGCCAACCUGCUCGAGGCCCAGAACAAGGCCGCCGCCCUCUUUGCCGACAUUGCACGCGACAUGAUCCGGCCCGGCAUCAGCGAAAAGCAGCUGACAGACGCCAUCUACCAGGUCGGCAGAGACAAGUACAAUGUGCGCACCCACUGGCACCGCCGGCUCGUGCGCAGCGGGCCCCACACGCUGGCCAUGUUCAGCGACACCACGGAGGACCGCGUGCUGGCGGCCGACGACAUCCUGUACGUGGACCUGGGUCCCGUGUUCGAGGCGUACGAGGCCGACUUUGGCCGCACCUUUGUGCUCGGCGACGACCCCCACAAGAUCGCCCUGCGGGACGCGCUGGCGCCGCUGUGGCACGCGAUCAAGGCCGAGUUCGACGCGCGGCCCGACAUCACGGGCGCGCAGCUGUACGACGUCGCGGUCCGCCUGACCAGAGAGGCCGGCGAGGCGAGCGGGCGCGGCUGGACGUACGGCAACGUCUUUUGCGGGCACCUCGUCGGCGACUUCCCGCACGAGCGCAUCCCCAACGACAAGAUCACGCUGUACAUGGCCCCGGGCAACCACGCGCCGCUGCGCGGGCGCAAUGCCAAGGGCCAGCAGCGCCACUGGAUUCUGGAGAUUUACCUGCGGGACGACACGCGCGGGUACGCCGGGUUUUUUGAGCAGAUUCUGACGGUGUAA